CCUCUCGCACCAAACCAAACCAAACCACACCACAACCAACAUCACUGCGCCGCAAGCGCCACACCCCACCCAAAAUGGCCGAGUCCUUCUACGACGAGAUCGAAAUCGAAGACAUGACGUACGACGCAACGCUGCAGCUGUACCACUACCCCUGCCCGUGCGGCGAUAGGUUCGAGAUCUCGCUCGGCGAUCUGCGGGAUGGAGAAGACGUCGGCGUGUGUCCGAGCUGCAGCCUUAUGAUUAGGGUUAUUUUCGACCAGGAGGACUUGCCCAAAGACGACAAUAACGAUGAUGCGGCUGCGGCGUCGAAGCUGCCGGCCGAGGUCGCGGCGUGA